UUUUGUUCAGCUUGGUUAGCCUCAGUAGCUUCACCUGCCACAACUCUUUCCGAAGGAAAUGAAUUGACCUUAAGUUACUAUUAUAAUCUUGGUCUUCUGGUUAUAUAAAUUGUGUUUUGGUCAUUUGGUGUUGAUACGUUUCAGGAAAUUGACUAUGCUAACUCUGUUUCUGCGUCCACAUAUGCAUAUUUUAGUUCGGUCCAAAUAGUCGAGGUUCCACGAUUUGAAUUUAGAAGUGUCAUUUAUUUCCCCUCGCCCCAUAAUAGUUUAAAACAAACCUCAUGAGCGCUUACAGUCUGUUGCGAGGACAAACUGCUUUACCGGCAUUACACCAGAGAACGGCGCUGCUGCUGCUGCUGUGUCUAACAUACGUGACGUGAAGCCGCCGUGUUUUAUUGCCUUUGGAACACUGAUCGUCACUAAACAUUUUAUGUGGUACGGUAAAAUAUUUUAUUGUCGAUGUCAAUCCGUCGUCAUCGGGAAAUAAACGAGUUUGGGAACGGCCAAAACGCUUAAAGAUGGUGCACAAAUAAUCGUGUUAAAAACUGUAAAGAAUUCAUAUUUGUUAUUAAAAUGAAAAUCUCAGCAAAUAAUCCCGUUUGAGGAGACAAGCGUAAGGAUAAAUAACCAUAAUAUAAUGGGGAGCUAUUUAGCAUAAUCUCUAAUAAAUCAUCAUAAUCUAUAACAUGUUCUACUGUGUGAGAAUCAAAUCGUUUUGAAUCGCCUAAAACAAAUCAUAUCCGCUAUUCGUGUCAAAUGUUAAAAAGCAUAUCAUGGAAUGUGUGAACUUGAGGUGAACGCGAAAUGCUGCUCCCUAGUGUUUAUGGUAUUUCAUUGCAUCUGUGCUCACGCUGCCCUCCUCCCUACAUCCUUAUCGCGCCGGUGGCCAUAAAAUCGAGCUUAAGACACACCAAUCGCUCUGCCACUGAUUUUGCGAUUCACUCACACUCUCUCCUGUGUGAACUGUUGCCUGUGGUCCGCAAGUCCUUUUCUCAGUGUUUUGAAGAUCCACCCCCAAUGGAAAUGAACCACAAAAGAAGGUCCAAACAUCAGUCUGCAGACUCGGGCCCGCAGCGACGGGGCGCCACCGUGAGCUUCCAUAAUAUUUUCUACCAAGUACAGCAGGGAGGAAACUGCCUGUGCCGGAAGAAAGCCACCACCAAAGACAUCCUGGUGGAUCUCAAUGGGAUCAUGAAGCCAGGAUUAAACGCCAUCAUGGGAGCCACAGGAAGUGGAAAGUCCUCCUUCCUGGAUGUUCUGGCUGCCAGAAAAGACCCAGCAGGUCUGUCAGGCGAAGUCCUGAUUGACGGGGCCCCUCAACCCCCCAACUUCAAGUGUCUGUCAGGAUACGUGGUGCAGGACGACGUGGUGAUGGGAACUCUGACCGUCAGAGAGAACUUCACCUUCUCUGCAGCGCUUCGACUCCCCUCCAGCAUCCCUCUGAGUGAAAAGACUCAGAUGGUCAACAGGCUGAUCAAGGAGCUGGGACUCACUCGAGUGGCAGACUCCAAGGUUGGGACUCAGCUGAUCCGUGGCGUCUCUGGGGGUGAGAGAAAACGGACCAACAUCGGCAUGGAACUCAUCAUUGAUCCUCCUGUGCUUUUCCUGGACGAGCCCACCACUGGUCUUGACGCCAGCACUGCCAACUCAGUGCUGCUGCUGCUCAAGAGGAUGGCGCAAAGUGGUCGCACCAUCAUCCUCUCCAUCCAUCAGCCUCGAUACAGCAUCUACCGUCUGUUCGACAGCCUGACCUUGCUGGUCAACGGCAAACAGGUGUACCAUGGCCCGGCUCAGGAAGCACUGCAGUAUUUCUCAGACGUCGGAUACACCUGUGAAUCCCACAACAAUCCGGCUGACUUCUUCCUUGAUGUCAUCAACGGGGACUCAACAGCGGUGACCACUUCAGACGAAGAUCCAGAUUCUGACUCGUGGUCAUCAACCAAACAGAGGAUUGAGGACAAGCUGGUGGAGGAGUACAGAACCAGUCACUACUACAGACAGACCAAGGCAGAAAUGGAGGAAAUCUUACAGAAGAAGGGGACGGCCACAGGAUCUAACUCCAGGACCAUAACAUACACCACUGGCUUCUUCACCCAGUUUAAAUGGGUCCUCAAGAGGACUUUCCGCAACCUGAUGCUGAACCCACAGACCUCUGUUGCCCAGGUGGCCGUGACUUUGUUCCUCGCUCUGGUGGUCGGAGCCAUUUUCUUUGGCGUGGAGGAGAAUCAGAGUGGAUUACAGAACAGGAUGGGCGCUCUUUUCUUCAUCACAGUCAAUCAGUGCUUCAGCUCACUGUCGGCUGCAGAGCUUUUCAUCACCGAGAGGAAACUCUUUAUACACGAGUACAUCAGUGGUUACUACAGACUGUCUGUCUACUUCCUGACAAAGAUUCUGUCUGACAUCAUCACCCUGAGAACCAUCCCCGCCAUCGUCUUCAGCUGUGUGGCCUACUUCAUGAUCGGUCUGAAGCCGACAGUGGAUGCCUUCUUCCUCUUCAUGUUCUCUGUGAUGCUGGUGGCCUACACGGCUACCUCCAUGGCUCUGGCUAUAUCAGCUGACCAGACUGUAGUGGCCAUCGCCAACAUCUUCAUGACCAUCUCCUGUGUCUUCAUGAUGAUCUUUGCCGGUUUGCUGGUGAACCUUCCCUCCAUUGUCAACUGGUUGGCCUGGCUGAAAUACCUGAGUAUUCCACGUUAUGGACUGAGUGCCCUCCAGAUAAAUGAAUUCACAGGGCUCAAAUUUUGUCAAGGACUCAACGUCACUCCUCCUGGACUCGUUUGCACAGGUGAGGAGUUUUUGAAGCAGCAGGGAGUGGACUACUCCCUCUGGGGCUUCUGGCAGAACCAUGUAGCCCUUAUAAUCAUGACGGUCUGCUUCCUCAUCAUUGCCUAUCUCAAGCUCCGCUUCAUCCGGAAGUUCACUUAGACCAUCAGCAGCAGCAGCAGAAGACGGAAAGUUCUUUUGUUCUGCCGUUCCUCUUGACCGCACGUUGACCUGAUCGAGUUCCACACAAGACUUGUUGAUCGGAAUUUUGUACCUGCUAUUGUUGCACCAGCGUUAAACCAAAAAAGUAAUUAAUGUUCACUUUUGAAAUGAGAGUUUAUAUUCUGUAUUUAUUGAUUUGUGAUAAAUAAACAAAUUUAAAAAACAAACUAAAACACUGUUUUCCAUAAGCUUCCAACUAAACAGUUAUGAAGAGCAUCCUGUUGAUCUAAUAUACACAGUUGUCUAGAUGUAUAAACCGUAUAAACCAAAUUUUGUUUGUUCUCAGUUAUAUAGUUUUCAUUUUUGUUGCCACCUCUCAUCCGAGCUGAUUAAGAAAAGAUACUUUUUUUUUAAAUCAGCAAGGAUCUUCAUCAAAUGUAAUACUGAAAUUCAGGACCGCUUUCAUUUCCCAUAAAAUAACGUACAUCCAUAUUUGGACGUCCUGACUAGCAGUGAAUCAUGCCUGAUGUUUCUCUCUCCCAGACAAAAGAAGUUUCUUCCUUUGAUGAUUUGAAGUUAAAUAUUACAGAAGAUUAUCUGGAUCAACUGUGUUGAAACGCCGAAACUUUCCAGUCUAGACGUCUCCGCCUUUCCUCCCCUGCUUUCAUUUUCUCCCAUUUCCCCGCACAAGCAGUCGUCUCCAACUGCAGAAUCAUGUCUGCUGUGUCGCUCCUUCCUCUCGUGCUUUUCAUCCUUCUAUGCAGGGAGCAAAGAGUCGCUUCAACUCUGGGUGAGUACUUCAUGUUUAUUUCAUAAGCAGUACUGAUGAGGAGGAAAAAGGUGUGCAAAGAGACCUGAGCCCAGAAGACUAAUCACUCCUUGAAGGUGUCAUCACCAUGAAAUAUUCAACCUUUACGUGACAGAUCAGAUAUCCGCAGGCACCUUCACACAGCUGCGGGAAAAGAUUCAGGCUUCAAACGGACUUGAGGGCUUUUUUUUCAUUAUGUUUUUCCGUAUAGAUAGAGAUAGAACUAGAGAUACAUUUUGUUACAUGGACCUUUUAAAACCCAGAAUCAUCAUAAGGAUCUGCCUGUGGUCAACAUCAUUGACGACUGAGCCCUCGCUCCAUUGUCAUUUCAGCUAGCCAGCUUUCCAAUGAGAAAAAAAGUUGUUUUGAGUCUUGUGUUCCAAUACCAAAUCAGAGUCAGAGUUCCCAGAGCUUGACGGUUCGCCGGUGGAUGACACCUGCAGAAUCGUCUUGACUCCAUCUCCAGGUGUUGAGGAAAAGAACAGCAUGACUCCAUCACCAGUCACGAAGAAGCCUCCGACAACACCACAGCCUGGCGCUCAAACAAAACCAAGACAGGUUACAAACCAGAAGCCAUCAGGCCAAAAGACGCCCCGUCCUGGACAACCCGUCAUCAACAUUCUCCUCCAAUACCUGAUGUCAAACCACAGACUGCAGACUGGAGGCAACAGAAUGGCCUCAAGCAGCGAGGAAUUUAUGUUUCAUCCGAUGGCAUCAGACAAACGCUGGAUGAAUUUAGCCGCCGCGUCUUCUCAGGACUCGAGUGAUGAAUGAACUCACUUGGAGUA